CGGGAACACCGGAUGUACGUCAGUGCGCUGUUGAGUUCAUUGUUUUUACUUGAGACCGCGAUUGUUACAGUAAGGUAAAUUGUAACAGUGCUUAGUCUACAAGCAAUUUGUUAGACCAUGAGUCUGCCGGCCGCACCACCUAGCUAUGCUGAAGCUACAGCAGGAGAUAAAGAACUAAGAGCUGGAAACUUGAAUUAUGCCAGUCAGCCACCCCCAAUGCCCCCUACAGCCAUGCCCAUGCAUCCCAGCUGGGCUUAUGUGCAUCCCGGUCCCAGUCCUGGAUAUUCGAAUUCUUACGCUGCAGACAUGUCCUCACCCUUCUCUGAUCCGAGCUCCAGCAGUAGCUUUGAUGGUCUUAAUGGGAGCAACUGGGAAGACAAGAAUAUCCGGCGCAUGUUCAUCAGAAAGGUCUUCUGUAUCCUCAUGGUUCAGCUCAUGGUUACGUUUAGUGUGGUGUCACUCUUCACAUUUUGCGAGCCUGUCCGAAAGUUUGUUCAAUACAAUAGGGUGUUUUAUCUUACCUCAUACAUGACUUUUAUGGGAACCUACCUGAUGCUUGUAUGCAGCUCAAAUGCACGACGAAGAUUUCCUACCAACAUGAUUCUUCUUGGAAUUUUUACUUUGGCAAUGUCGUAUAUGGCAGGCAUGCUUGCCAGCUACCAUAAUACCAAAGUGGUGAUGAUGUGUAUAGGUAUCACAGCUCUGGUGUGUCUGGCCAUCACGCUCUUCUGUUUCCAGUCCAGGGUUGACUUCACCAGCCGUCACGGAUUGCUUUUCUCCCUCAUGAUGGUGUUAAUGAUAACUGGUCUUCUGCUAUUCUUCACUGCACCGUUUGGAUAUAUACCAUGGAUGCACACUGCUUAUGCUGGAUUUGGUGCUUUGGUUUUCACCCUGUUUUUGGCGUUCGAUAUGCAGCUGUUGAUUGGCAACAGACGGUACUCUCUGAACCCAGAGGAGCACGUGUUCGGAGCGAUCUGCCUCUACAUGGAUGUCGUCUACAUAUUCCUCUUUUUCCUUCAGCUCUUUGGAAGUCGUGAGUGAGUUUGGUCAGGCGGCACCCCCCUUAAGACCGGGCUGGACUUCAGCCUUAUCCUCUGUUAAAAACAUAAAUACACCCUUCUCAAUUACUCCAAGGUUUGGCGAGGAGCAAGCAGUCUUCCUUCAUUCUGUGUGGCAGUUGAAGUUUGAUGUGUGAUGUUUUUAUGUACUGAUCAUGGUUAUGUGGCCCUUUGCACGACUGGUAUGCACCUGAGCUGUGAGAUAACCACACUACCAUUCAGAUAAACACAUGCCGUUUAGGGUAGACAAUCACUGCAAGUGGCUAUUGAGGAGGGUGAUCGAAUGGGAACGUAACUUUUGUGUCCCCCAGUCAACUUGAUUUGAAAUGCCCUGAAUCAUCUGCAUAAAAUAAUGUUUCAAAUUCCAGCAUAGAAAAAGUUAAAUGUGUAUUUGGGUGUGAUUUAGUGGGGAACAUAGGGACAGUAUUUGACAAAGGUAUUAUCUAUUCGUUUGCACGUUGUAUAGUCGAAAUUAAUCUUAACAUCGGACAGGCAGAUCUUUGCUGAUGAUUAUUAAAAAUAUCUAAAUCUUAGGCUUCGCAUCUGCUGUGAAAUUAUAGCUGAGCCAGAGAGGUCCAUGUGUGAACGUUUGUUUUUCUUGUGCAAUAAGGAUAGCAGAUAUACCUAAAGAUAGUUGUUGCAGUAUUUUGUGCCUCCUUUGAAUGCCGGUUGAUAAUGAGGUAUUGUUGUUGUAUGCACAGUUUUAUGGUUGCUUAUAUGUGCAGCCAAAUCCAUAAAAUAUGCUGUGUGCCAAAAUUUAUUCCUGUCACGUGAUGAUGGCAAAGAUUUCCGUUUAGUCCAACAGGUAGGUGGUAAGGUCUGCAAUACUGUAUAUGUCUAUCAAUUGCCUGAUUUGUACGUGUGUGUGAUGCUUGGGUGUUAAUUUUCAAGACUUUGUCGCUUUUAAAAAUUGUAUUAUUUUUCACAUUUGAGUAAAAUGUUUUAAAUAUGAAUUUUAAAAAGAGACUUGGUAAAAAAAAUCAGAAAUAAUUACAAAAGAAGGUGGGUGGAUGCAUCUUUUAUUUACCAUGAGAUGAGGCUAAAUUUCUACAAUACAUCUGUCUCCUAAAAACGUAUAUGUAGAGAUAGUAUGAGUCUUUCUUCUGUAACUUACACCUGUAUUAACAUUCCUCUUUGCUUGCAUUUUAAUAAUGUUUCUUUAAGCUAAACAUUCUUCUUCUGCAUAAGUGUCUUUUUUUCCAGGAAUAGAAAACAUACCAAUACACAUUUUCCUAAUUUAAUAUUAAUAACGUUAUUAAUACAAUAAGUGGCAGUUUGAAGAAAAAUGUACAUAUUUUUUCAGACAUCAGAUUUUUUUUUGUUGAAAAAAUGUUCACAGGUUUAAAGGAACAGUAUGUAGGAUUGUGGCCAAAACUGGUAUUGCAAUCACAAAACUUGUGGCUAAAACUGGUACUGCAAUCACACAACUGGUGGCCAAUACACAAAAUGACAACAUAAACAUCAGUUGAGGGCUGCAACUCCACUUUUUAAAUUAUAAUAUCCUGGCCAGACCACUGUUGUCAGUGAUUUAAGUAUUUGAAAUGAAAAUAAUUUCUUAAUGUCUAGUGACAUAUCAGGUCUAUUUAAUGAUCAAUUGAUAUAAAUUUCUUACAUACUGUUCCUUUAACAGACAUUGAAAGCUAUUUUUCUGUCAUGAUGUGACCUUGGUUUAUUAAAGGUCACCUAAUAUAAAAAAGUACUUUUAUAUGUUGCACAUCAUUUUGGGUCGCUUGUGUAUGCGCGCAACCACCCUGUAAUGAUAAAAACCUGCCCGCUUUUUUUAAAUCCCUUAAAACCUCAUGGGAAAGCUGUUGCUGUGUUCUGUUGUCACUUUGCACAGACUCCGCCCACAACCAUUCAAAGACCACACUUAGGUCAUCAUUUCUAUUUUAAAUUUUCUUUACAUAAUUUGUUACUGCAUGGUCAUUAUGAACAAUGAAGUAAGGUGAUUAUACACCUUUUUAAAUAAGUCAUUUUCAGUUUAGAUAAA